UGAGUCUGCGCAUACAUUAGAACGUGACACGAGGUAACGGUGUGUCAGUGAAUUUAAGGUAUAGAAGUCCUGAAGACUUUAACACCGUCCCAGAAUCAAGCCAACAAUAUCUGACUUGCCGCAGAAUGUCUUGGCUGUUUGGCUUGAACAAGGGGCAGUCUGGCGCGCCCCCGGAUCUCCCUAUACCACCGCCUCCUCCGCCGGCCGGGGCUUCUGGUGGGGAUAAACCCAAGGACAAAUGGAGUAAUUUCGACCCAACCGGGCUGGAGCGAGCGGCCCAGGCGGCCAAGGAGCUUGAUAAAUCACGCCAUUCUAAGGAUGCGCUGGAGCUGGCGCGCAUGCAGGAGCAGACGCUGCAGCUGGAGCAUCAGACCAAGAUGAAGGAAUAUGAGGCAGCGUUGGAGCAGAUAAAGGGGGAUCAGAUUCGCGUCCAGGCGGAGGAGAGGAGGAAAACGUUGGUGGAGGAGACGAAGCAGCACCAGGCGAGGGCACAGUACCAGGAUAAGUUGGCCAGGCAGAGGUACGAUGACCAACUGAGGCAGCAGCAAAUUCUUAAUGAAGAGAAUCUGCGCAAGCAGGAGGAGUCCGUGCAGAAGCAGGAGGCAAUGAGACGCGCCACCGUCGAGCACGAGAUGGAGCUACGUCACAAGAACGAGAUGCUGCGCGUGGAGGCGGAGGCCAAGGCACGAGGUCGCGUGGAGCGUGAGAAUGCCGACAUCAUCCGCGAGCAGAUCCGCCUGAAGGCUGCUGAGCACCGGCAGACUGUGCUGGAAACCAUACGGACGGCGGGUGCUGUGUUUGGGGAGGGUUUCCACGCCUUCAUCUCGGACUGGGACAAAGUCACAGCCACGGUGGCGGGGCUGACCCUCCUGGCUGUGGGGAUCUACUCAGCCCGAAAUGCUACCUCAGUGGCUGGGCGCUAUGUGGAGGCCCGCCUGGGCAAGCCGGCACUGGUGCGGGAGACGUCUCGCUUCACUGUGGGGGAGGCCAUCCGGCAUCCUGUCAAGAUGACAAGGCGGCUGACCAGUAAGCCCCAGGAUGCCCUGGAGGGGGUGGUUCUCAGUCCAAACCUGGAGGAGCGUGUGCGUGACAUCGCCAUAGCGACCCGUAACACACGGCAGAACCGGGGCCUUUACCGGAACAUCCUGAUGUACGGCCCGCCUGGAACUGGAAAAACGCUUUUUGCAAAGAAGCUGGCUAUGCAUUCUGGGAUGGAUUACGCCAUCAUGACGGGGGGAGAUGUCGCCCCUAUGGGGCGCGAUGGCGUGACCGCCAUGCACAAGGUCUUUGACUGGGCCAACACCAACCGACGCGGCCUCCUGCUCUUCGUUGACGAGGCAGAUGCCUUCCUUCGCAAGCGAGCCACUGAGAAGAUCAGCGAAGACCUCCGAGCCACUUUGAACGCGUUCCUCUAUCGCACGGGCGAGCAGAGCAACAAGUUCAUGCUGGUGUUGGCCAGUAACCAGCCGGAACAGUUCGACUGGGCCAUCAACGACCGCAUUGAUGAGAUCGUCAACUUCGCUCUGCCAGGCCCGGAAGAGCGGGAACGGCUGGUGCGGCUGUACUUUGACCGCUAUGUGCUGGAACCGGCCACUGGGGGGCGGCACUUCUAUGCGUCGUCCAAGAAUGGAGGCACUGAGGGAAGGAUCUCAGCAUCUUCCCGAUUCCCACUGCAGGCGGCCGCGUAUUCCUCUGAAGACGGCGUGCUGACGGAAGCCAUGAUUGAUGCCCGGGUGGAAGAUGCGAUCCGGCAACACAAGCAGAAGAUGGACUGGCUACAUAGGGAGGAGGCGGAAAGUGUGGGCAAGGCUGGGGUCAUCCUGCCCCCCGGGGGGGCCUUAGACAAAGGAGGGAAAAAAAUGGGGUUUUUGCUGCAGGAGGAAAUGCCUCAGGCCCACAAGGUAGAUGGAUCCGGCCAAAUGGCAAUGCAGGAUGGCCUGAUCCCAGCUGUCUGGUUUGGGUCCAGAACCGUGAUGGGGGGCACCUUGCCUCCAGAUGUGACCCCCCUGCCCAAGGACAGUGCAUCUCUGCCUGCAGAGGGGGGAGCCCCCAAAACUGAGGACCCCUCCCCAAAGACGGAAGGGCACAUGAUAAAGGCAGAGUCUCCAUCGAAAGACGGGACUCCUGUUUAAGCAUGUAAGGUCUAGGAGAGAAGGGGAUUCUGGGAAAAUAUCAGAAAUUAUCGGUGGAGACUUGGGGUGCAGGGUAGGGUACAGAAGAUUAAACGACACAUUUGCUGUCACUCUGC